AUGAUUCCAUCUGUAAAGAUGGUAGCUGCAAUGCCAACCUCGGGCGCGAACGGCGGGGACGUUUCGAGAGCCCACAUGGCGAUGGCGGCCGUGCAAGUCUUCGCCGGCGGCUACCACGUCAUCACCAAAUUGGCGCUCAACGUCGGCGUUAAUCAGCUCGUAUUCUGCGUCUUGAGAGACCUUCUGGCCCUCUCGAUCCUAGCCCCGGUUGCCUAUGUCCGUGAGAAACGGCAAAGAUUGCCACUAAAUAGGCAGUUCAUUACAUCCUUUUUUUUUCUUGGUUUAACAGGCAUUUUUGGAAAUCAACUUUUGUUUCUUCUCGGUCUUGGCUACACGAAUCCAACUUAUGCUGCAGCCAUACAGCCUGCUAUUCCGGUCUUCACAUUUAUAUUGGCUGUAAUAAUGGGUACAGAAACUCUAAAUUUACAAAAAGCUGAAGGUCAAGCAAAGCUAGGAGGUACCCUUGUUUGUGUCUUUGGUGCGGUUCUGAUGGCUAUGUUCCGGGGUCCAGCUGUGUUUGGAUAUAAGGAAUUAGAUUUCACAUCGCAUAGUGAGAUAAGCGCCAAGGGUCAGCCAGAGCCUGCUGGUUGGUUGAUGUCUAGUCUACUUGACCUGGGCUUUGAUAAUUGGCACCUUGGGGUUUUAUGUUUGAUAGGAAACUGCAUGUGCAUGGCUACAUAUCUAGCCAUUCAGGCCCCCCUUUUAGCCAAGUAUCCUGCAAGUAUAUCAGUGACGGCAUAUUCAUACUUUUUUGGUGCAUUGUUCAUGGUGGGAACUGCCAUUUUUAUGACAAAUGAAUCAACUGACUGGAAUCUCACACAGUCCGAGAUUUUUGCCGUAUGCUAUGCUGGAGUUGUGGCAUCUGCUCUUAACUAUGGGCUUUUGACAUGGUCAAAUAAAGUCCUUGGUCCUUCAUUGGUCGCUUUGUAUAAUCCACUUCAACCCGCUGCUUCCGCUUUCCUGUCAAGAAUUUUCCUAGGAAGCCCAAUUUAUUUAGGAAGUAUACUCGGUGGAUUUUUCAUCAUAGCCGGGCUUUACUUGGUCACAUGGGCAUCUUACAGAGGAAAGCAGGCAAAUCUGGGAAUGCCUCCUCUUGCCUCUCGGUCAUCCGAAACCAUCGUUAAUCGGGAUUCAUCCAUCACUAAGAUAUCAUUCCAGCUAGGACAUCUUUUCUCAGGUUCAUCAACAUCGUCCCCUAAGAUUGUCGAUUAA